ACAUUUGUGUGGCGAAGUGGCUUUGAACCGAGACAAUUCAAUUAUUUGUACGUGUGCAGCGUUCGGAGGCAUCGAUCAAAGAAGGGAUUCAGCAAGCUAUCAGAGGAAGAUAAGCAAAAGUUCUUGGAGAAGAAAGCAACCAUGGAAGAAGAACAACGGCGUCGAAGACAGGAGCUCCUGUCUAUCUUCUUGAAGAUCAAGUUGACAAAGGAGGAGGAGAUGACGAGGACAAACACACAUAAACUGAACGACAGGUGGAGAGCGAUCAUGCGGGAUAAAAAGUCUACGGAGCUUCAGGGCGAAAUAGAGACGCUUCGCCAGGUGUUCGAGUCUCAGUUGGAUAAGCGCGAGGAGACCAUCCGCAGGCUGUUCAAGGAGAUCGAGGACGGGGACGAGCAGCGCAACAUCGCCGUUCGCACCCACAUCGAGAACCUGGAGCGGAUCAUAGACCAGCACCGGGGCCACCUGCGCGAGGCGCGCGCCACUUUUGACGAGAGGCUGAGCGCCGUCGGCUCCCACUACGACCGAGAGCUACGUGGCAUUGACGACCUGCAGGACACCGACACGCAGAAGCUGGCCGACAUCCUGCACAAGAUCGACUGCGACAUGUCCGAGGCCGACAAGGAGGCCAGGGCGGAGUUCCAGAGCAAGAAGGAGGAGAUCAAGAACAAGAACAUCGAGGAGCGGCAGGGCUUGAAGCUGUUUCUGGAGGGCGUCAUCGAGGGCCUCUGGGACCGCUUCCAGAAGACGCUCAGGGCGUACUACGAGGACACCGAGAGUCGGAGAAAGGCAUUCUACGACCUGAAAGCCCGCGAAGAAAACUCGGUGGAGGUGAUCGCAAAUCAAAGCAAGAAAAUACAAAAUCUACAGGAGGACAUAGGCCGGCUGCGGGCGCGGCUGGCCGGUGGCGCCAAGGAGCACACGCCAUGA